GUUUGGAGCGCUCGCGAGCGUAGUCAUUGUUGUCGCGGGCUACGCGUGUUCACGUGACUAAGCGUGCACGUGAAAUAAUCCUGGGGAGCAUGGGCGGGCGAUUGGACGAAGAGCGUCAGGAAGUCAACAGCGCGGCGAGCACCAACGAGAACGCGCAGAGCGGCCACGGCUGCUGUCAACGAGACCGGCAGCGUGCUGGCGGUCCUUGUUCUGCGACACAUGCGUGGUGAACAUGUGCAGCACCGCGAGAGAUGUAUAUAAGCAGAGAUAUCUGUGUUUCUGUUUCUGUUCCUGUUCUGUCUCUUGCCUCCGAUUGUGUUCUCGCGAGCUGAAACUACUUCUGAUUUCUGUUCUCUUUGUUAUUUUCAGCAAACAAGAUGAUCAUUGCACUUGUGAUUGCUGCCGGACUGCUUGGUCUUACUGCGCUGCUCAAUUUCUCCUACACAAAGAGCAUCGUUAUCUUUGCCUGGAGCUGUUUCUUCAAGCCCUUCAAUGGUGCCACGGAUCUCAAUGACCAGCAAGCGGCUCUUGAAAGCUUCUAUCAGAGCCAGGCUUCAAUUUAUGACAUUACGAGAUCUACGCUUCUCAAGGGUCGUGAGAUGAUGUAUGCCAUCCUGUUUGAGUCUCUUCGGUUCCGGAUCCUGCAGAUUGGAGGCGGCACCGGCUGGAACAUCGAGAUGAUGGACCAGUACAUGAGCAUAGCAAAGUUCAAAGCGGUCUACCUCAUCGACCUCUCGCCAUCGCUCUGCAAGAUUGCUCGCGAGCGCAUCCAGGCCAAGAAGUGGUCUAACGUGCACGUCAUCUGCGCCGAUGCCACUGCAUUUGCCAUGCCGGACGACGUCAAGUCGGCUGAUCUCGUUACCAUGUCUUAUUCGCUGUCCAUGAUUCCUACCUUCUACGCAGUUGUCGACAGAAUUGAGAAGCUACUAUCGAGAAAUGGUAUAGUGGCCGUCGUCGACUUUUAUGCCCAGUCAACCGCUAGUCUCUGCGGCCGCACCAAUCUCGGAGGAGAGCUUCUUCGUCAUGUGAACUGGCUAUCUCGCACUUUCUGGCGCCUAUGGUUCGAGUUUGAUCGCGUGUACCUCGAUCCCGCUCGCCGAGACUACCUCGAGUACCAGUUUGGCACUAUCAAGUCAAUCAACUCGCGCAACACUGCGCUCGGACGGAUUCCAUACUAUAUCUGGCUUGGAUGCCAUAAACGGCGUGAUCCCGAGCGCGCGAGUAAGAUUGACGCGAUGGCUACUGAAUCUCCUUAUCUGCUUCCGGUUAGCACGUCACCUUCUCUUCCAGUCGUUGACGAGAACGGUGUUAUUACCGUGCGCUCUAAAGGAUAUGAAGCUGCGGUAGUGAACUUGCAGCGCAACUUCCCGCUUCCUUCCUUUUUCUAUCAGACUGAAGCUUGGAGAAUUUUCUACGACGAGCGUUUGCCAAAAUACAACCAGUUUGCUGGUCAAUAUAUCUACGCUUUCACUUGGGAGGAUCCGCGAGAGGACGACAGGAUUCUCAAGUUUAAGCCUACCGACACCGUUCUGGCGAUCACCUCCGCAGGAGACAAUGUCCUGACAUAUGCUGCUUUGCCUACCUCUCCUCGCAGGAUUCACUGUGUUGAUCUGAACCCUCACCAGAACCACUUGAUAGAGCUCAAGCUGGCUGCAUUCUCUACUCUCGAGUAUGCUGAUAUUUGGCAGAUGUUCGGAGAAGGUCGUCAUCCAGACUUUGAGAAUCUGCUCGUCUCAAAGCUUGCUCCCAAGCUCUCGUCCCACGCUCUGCAAUAUUGGAUACGGAACACUAAGACUUUCACAGGAGCCAAGGGACUCUAUGAUACCGGAUCUACUCGAUGGGCUAUUCGUAUCGCAAGAUACAUCUUCUGGAUUACUGACUGUACUAAAGAUGUUGAUGCUCUUUGCAAGGCCACUUCAAUCGCAGAGCAGAAGAUCAUUUACAAUACGAGAGUACGACCGGCGAUUAUCAACCCAUGGGUGGCAUCUAUUGUGCUCAAGAAUCCCAUGUUUUUGUGGAAGGCACUCGGAGUUCCCGUUCAUCAAGCCGAGAUGAUUUCAUCGACGGCUGGCGACUUCUUGACGUACAUUACCGACACCUUGGACCCGAUUAUUGAGCGCUCUUUGAUCUCGACUGACAACUACUUUUACUAUCUAUGUCUUAAGGGUAGAUAUACGCACGCGAAUUGCCCAGGAUAUCUGAAGCGGGAAGCCUUCCAAAGACUGUCCAAGCCGGGUGCGCUUGACGGAAUCCGUAUCCACACCGACGAGAUUGUUGACGUGGUUGCCCGCAUUCGCCGACAUUCAGUGACGAUUGCUAUUGUCAUGGAUCACAUGGACUGGUUCGACACCGACGGAGUGGACGCAACGAAGGAAAUCCAGGCCUUGAACCAUGCGAUCAAGAUGGGUGGUCGUUUGCUGUUCCGGUCGGCCUCGAAGCGCCCGUGGUACACGAAGGUGUAUGAGCGCGAAGGCUUCAGAUGCGAGGCAGCGCAGGUGAGAGAGAAGAGGACGAGUAUUGACCGAACAAACAUGUACGCGAGCACCUGGGUUGCUACAAAGCCUAACGGGGGUCUCGAACCCCCAACCUUGAGAUGA